AUGGCUGAUAAGCUACAACCUGAGCAAGAGGUCAACUGGAGCGAUGGUAAGAUGGCUGAUAAGCUACAACCUGAGCAAGAGGUCAACUGGAGCGAUGGUAAGAUGGCUGAUAAGCUACAACCUGAGCAAGAGGUCAACUGGAGCGAUGGUAAGAUGGCUGAUAAGCUACAACCUGAGCAAGAGGUCAACUGGAGUGAUGGUAAGGAUGGCUGA